AUGAGCCAUUUUUUCAAACAAGGUGGCCAUGCUGCCAAAGGAUUGGCUCACAAUAUUCAUAACACGGUCCAUUCUGGUGGCUCAAAAGCUGAGCAUGCUUUGAGUGAUGCUGUUGGUAACGAUCCUCAUGAGGUUGCUUCGGCUGUGAACGAACAAGUUGGCCAGUAUGGAGAGGUCACUGAUAUUCGAAAUGAACCUGGUACUGAUGCAGCUCAUAGCAAGAGCGAAGACCACCCAGUUCCUUUGGCUAGCUCUAGUCCUGCUAGACCCAGUGCUGGACAUGGCCCGGGACCCAGUCGUGGCCCGGGAGCUGAAGCGGGUGCCGGUGCACACGCUGUUAGUCCUCCUCCAGAUUCAUCCGGGGCUGCUAGUCCUGAUCACGGAUUUUCAUUUUCUGACGACAGACCUGUGAAACGAAGUGCGGACAGACCAGAGCCUGUGAAUGGAUCUAAUCAACAAGCUAGUAACUUGCCGAAUCAACAAACUGGUUCCCAGUCUAAUGAACAACAACACCAAGAACACCAAGAACGUCAGCAACAAAGCCAGCAGUCUAGCCAACAAUCUAACCAACGGCCUGGUCAGCAACAAGGCCAACAGGCCAAUCAACAACAAUCUGGUCAGCAAUCUCGCUCCCAGUCUGGACAGCAGUCUGAUCCUGAGCCAGGCUCGAAUCAGGAUGGACCUAAAGAGGGGGUUCUGCUAAGCGAGCACACUGAUAAACCAAUUGCUCCUGUAACCAAGCCAGAGUCAGCUAAGAAGCCAGCUGACUCCGAAGUUUCGAAGUCUAUUUCUCAAGAAGAAAUUGACAAGAAGAAGAAUACUCUUUCUGGCAAGCUUACUGCCAAGAAACCCAUUGUACCCGACUAUGUUGGCUGGAAAGAAGUGGGUGGUUGGGAUGAGCGGGCUCAACUGGAAUCUGAUGAGGAGGUUGAGGACCUUCUUGCAAGGUCCACCUUGUUGGAGUCCUAUGUAAGUGACAAGUUCUAUGGAGACUGGUACCACAAUACUGUGUUGAUCGUCCUGGCCUGUUUCUUCUCUUGGCUGGUUGCCAGACUUGGAGGUGGUAUUGCUUGGUUAUCCAUUAUUAUUGCCUUUGUUGGCACCGCGUAUCGAACUAGCAUCCGUCGUUUACGUCGAAAUGUUCGUGACGAUGUUACGCGUCUCAUGGGUAUUAAAAAGCUGGAAACCGACACUGAGACUAUGGAGUGGUUGAACUCAUUCUUGGUUAAAUUUUGGCUUAUUUACGAACCUGUAUUGUCUGAGCAAGUGAUCACCAUUGGAAAUCAAGUCCUUGCUGAUGCAACUCCCGGAUUCAUUGAAUCGUUGUCUCUUGACACGUUUACUUUGGGUACCAAGCCUCCUCGUAUUGAUCAUGUCCGUACUUUUCCCAAGACUGAUGAUGACGUUGCAGUAAUGGAUUGGGCCUUUUCGUUCACUCCCAAUGAUAUUGAGGAUUUGACUGCUAGACAACUCAAAUCUAAGGUCAACCCCAAGGUAGCUCUCGGUGUGAGAGUUGGUAAGGGAAUUGUAUCAAAAUCACUACCAAUCUUGGUUGAGGAUAUGUCCUUUUCUGGUUUGAUGCGCGUCCGAGUCAAGAUGAUGACAACUUUCCCUCAUGUUCAAACUGUUGACGUUUCGUUUUUGGAACCUCCUGCUAUUGAUUUCGUGCUGAAGCCUAUUGGUGGUGAUACUCUUGGUUUUGAUAUCAACAUUAUCCCUGGUCUUUCGAAGUUUAUCAAGGAGAUGAUUGAUGCAAAUGCUGGACCCAUGUUGUAUGCUCCAAAUGCAUUCCAACUCAAUGUGGAACAAAUGCUUGCUGGUGCUGGUUUGGAUUCUGCUGUUGGCGUAUUGGCGGUGACUAUCAAUAACGCCAAAAAUCUUAGGGGAUCUGAUGCUAUUGGCAAUACCGUUGAUCCUUAUGUUAAACUCUCAUUCAACGACCGUGAGGAACUUGCUCGAACUAGUAUCAAAUCUAACACCAAGACCCCUACAUGGAAGGAGACAAAGUAUUUGCUUGUUAAAAAUCUUAACGAAGUUCUGUCACUCGAGGUUGUUGAUUUCAAUGAUUUCCGCAAGGACAAGUCUAUUGGUAUAGCUACUUUUGCACUGGACAAACUCAAGGAUGUUCCCGAUCAUGAAAAUGUCACUGCUGAAAUCCUUGCUGGUACUAAGAGCAGAGGUGGUCUUGCUUUUGAUUUGCACUGGUAUCCUGUCUUGGAAGGCAAGAAGCUUGAUGACGGUACUGUCGAACCUCCUCCAGAGUCCAACUCCGGUAUUGUUCGCUUUACAGUUCAUCAGUGCAAGGACCUAGAUGCUAAGAAGUCCCUUGUCGGUCAGUUGUCCACUUAUGCUGACUUGCAAUUGGAUGGAAAGACCUUGCAGACUACUAAGACUGUUAAGCGAAACAAUAGCCCCGUUUGGGACCAUUCUUAUGAGUUCUUGGUUCCCAACAAAGCCAAGGCCCAACUUGGUACUAUUGUUCGCGACUCUCGUGGCUUGGCUACAGACCCAGUGGUUGGUUCUUACAAGCUUCCAUUGCAGUCUUUAAUAUCUGCCACUGAACAAGGAAAGGACUGGUUUGACAUGACUCCUUCAGGUAGGGUUCGUCUCAGUGCUACUUGGAAGCCUGUUGCCAUUAAGGAUAUUGGUGGUAGCAGUUAUGUUGAGCCUAUUGGAGUUCUCAGACUUAAUCUCAUCAGAGCUAGUGGAUUACGCAAUCUGGAGAAAAUCGGUACUAUCGAUCCUUAUAUGAGAGUCAUGGUCGGUGGUUUUGCAAAGGGAAGAACUUCCGCUCGGGAUUCGACGCUGGACCCUGUUUUCAAUGAAAUCAUUUAUGUUCCCAUUCAGAACGAAAACCAGGAUAUUGUUUUAGACGCUAUGGAUAUUGAGAAGAACGGAAAAGAUCGCAGUGUUGGGUCGUACUCAUUUAAAAUUUCCAAAUAUGUUAAGACAGACAGCUCUGGACAGUAUCUUGAGUAUAAGUCCAAGGAUGUUGUCAAUGGACAGCUGGUUUACCCCAAGCGUGGAGCCAAAGGUACUAUUUCGUUCACGGCUGAGUUUUAUCCCACUGUUCCUGUAAUGGACAUCGAGGAGGCUAAGCAACGAAAGAAGGCCAAGGAAGAAGAAGAGAAACAGAAGGCGGAAGAAGCAGCCAAGGACCCUAAAAAAGCAGAAGCUGACCGAAAGGCAGCAGCUGAGAAGCCAUCUACAGAAGAGAAUGCUGACACUGGUCGGAAACUACUGGACAUUCCACUUCCUGAAUUGAUCAAGAACCAAUCGGGUGUUAUUGCCGUUAGCAUUGAAGAUGUCUCGACCUCUAUCCCCACAUCAUUCCUUCGUGUAUUUUUCGAUCAUGCUCCUUAUCCAGUCUUCUUCAGUUCGAAGUUGAAGGGUUCUAGGAACAGAGUUUUGGAAUCCGCCGACUUUAUGGUUCGUGAACUGGAGUACUCCAAAACUAUUUUUGAACUUGUUGCUAAGGAGGAUAGCUAUUCUGAAAGCAAUGUCCUCGCUACCGUUACAUUGCCAACUCUCGAUGUCCUUAAAUCUGCUUAUGAAGAGCCUAAGGUCAUUAACUUAUCAGGACGUGGAGGCAAAGCUCAAGUUCGUAUUAAGACAAGAUACUUCCCGGUUGAGAAGUUUAACUUGGACCCUAUUGAGAGCAUUUCCAACCAAGGAACUGUUGCAAUUAAUCUUAUCGGUGCCGAUGAUAUCGAGGCUGCAGAUAGAAGCGGAAAAUCUGAUCCCUACAUAGUUUUCAAACUUAACGAUAGUGAAACUCUGUAUAAGACUCAGACAGUGAAGAAGACACUCAAUCCUGUUUGGAAUGAGAAGUUUGAGGUGCCUAUACAAGAUAGAAUUCGCAGUAAACUUGCUGCCAAGCUUUAUGAUUGGGAUAUGGGUCCAGGUGAUGAUGAUUAUUUGGGUCAAGCUAUUAUUCCUCUAGAUAAGCUGGAGCCUUUGAAGGCUGAGGAAUUGACACUUCCUAUUGAUCACAAAGGUAAUCUUCGUCUGGCUGUUCAGUUUAAACCGGGAUAUGUUAGAAGAACUCUUGGUGUAGACAACGGUACUAUAGCAGUUCUUGGUGCUGGUUCUGUCGCUGGUGGCAUUAAUAAUGUUGUAGGAGGUGUUGGAGGCGUCGCGGGUGGUGCGAUGGGUGCUGCUGGUGGCGUUGCUGGUGGUGUUGCUGGCGGUGUUGCUGGUGGCGUUGGCAAGGGUGCUGGUCUUCUUAAGAGUGCAUUUGGCCGUGGAAACAAGAGUAGUGGAAAUGGCAAUAAUGGCGGAAAUUCAUCGGCGAAUACCAGCGCUGUUGCUGAUACUUCCUCGGUCUAUGAUGAUCACUCCAGUUCUAAUGGUCAUAAGAGAGCAAAUUCUAUAACCAGCUCAGUUAUGGCCGGUAAUGGUUCCGAAACUGUAUCAGGUACUAUUACUGUGUUGGCAAUCAGAGGCCUUGAUGUUUCGCACUUGCAAGCUCGUGCAUAUUUAGCAGGUGCUAAGCGUGAAAAGGAGCUGUUCAAAUCGAAGUCAGUUAAGCCAACAAAUAACGAAGCUAAGUUUGAGGAAUCGUUUACAUUCAAAGGUACUGUCGAUUCUACACUUAUAUUCCGAGUGCGUGAACAUAAGAGUAUUGGUAGAGACAACGAAAUUGGGCAAGCCACCAUAUCCCUUGCUGACAUUAGCCACGAGGGAGAGCAGUCUCUACCAUGUGGUGACGGUGAAAUCGAUAUUUCCCUUCGACUAGGUUUGAAAUAA